AUGGAUUCUUUCGUGCACUCCUGUCACAAAAUCAUGCUCGAACGAGCCUCUGCAGAAGAAGAUAGCGAGCGCCACCCUCAGGAACUCUCGGACAUUCCUCCACCUGCCUACUGCGCUGAAGAAAGCUUGACCGAUUUGGAAGAUGAAGAAGAGGAUGAGGACCCAUCACCAGUCACAUUGAUUCUCAACGCCGAUACAAAAGUUCAAGGCACUGGCAACAUGAUCGCAACACCACCACUUGCCGACGCAGCCCGCCUCUCAACACUCCUUCUCGCUGCAGUCCAAAGCCUCAAUGCUGCAAAGACCAGUGCUUCAGAAUCUGGCUCGCCUACGCCUGUAUUGCAGGUCAAUCUCACCAUCAACUGCGGUAUUACUGUCGUUGGCGACAAGAACGUCAUCGGCUACAAGACACAGGCUGUUCUACCAACCACUUCCAAGAGAAAGAUGACUGAAGAGGUAUAA